CUGAAAGUCAUGUCGGGGCCUCGUCUGGCCUUGGCUCUUCUCUCCUUCGAUGGAGACACAAUCGCAAGCAUUGAUCGAGUACCGGAAUACGGAGAAGAUGUAGACCGUGACGUUCGGGUCUGGAGUGAUGCAAACGGUGCCUGUCGCUGUAUCCUACAGAGUGGCAACGAAGCGACAAGGCUGAUUCACCUGGACUACAAGGACAAGAUCGUAGCUGCUGCGUACAGCGACAACACAAUUCAUAUAUGGGAUACACACAAUGGUUCUUGCAUGCAAGAAAUCGUUACUGAUAUGAACAAGCUGACUUCUUGCCAUCUAGGGGAUGGCAUCAUCAUCGGCGCAUCCAAAGAUCUCAUCGUCAAGAUUUGGGAACCGGAGUCUGGGAAAUGCAUCAAGACAUUUCAUAUACCUCCUCAUCAAGGGUUCAAAUUUGGUGAAAAGGUUACUUAUACAUUCAGUGAUGGAUUGAUCAUUGUUGUUACAUCAUCCGAUGCACUUUACGUUGUGAAUAUGAAGGGGGAACGAGUCUUAGAUGUUCGUCAAGAUGUGAAACCUAUCUGUUUCACAGGAAAUAAGCUGCUUACAUAUGAUGUUCGCCAAGGUAAUAUGAUGCUGCUUCCAUAUGUUCGCCAUGGUCGUAAGGUGCUUCCAUAUGUUCGCCAUGGUCGUAAGGUGCUUACAUAUGUUCGCCAUGGUCAUCAAAGAGGGUACGAAUUGUCAAUUAUUGACCCAGUGGAAUGCGUGGGUGGAAAAGUACAAGGCAGUUCCAAGACUGUAUCACAAUACAUUGGACCAACGAACUUGAUGCGUGCUUGGAUGAGUGAUACCAAAUUGGCUUUUCAGCGUAUAGGUUCUGAGAGUGAGGACUUCGAAACGGACGACGAAUAUGUUUCUGUUUUUUACUACUGGUAAAAUAAUCAAGCGUUGUACACGUUGGUGAUUGCGAUAGUGGCUAUGACAUUUCAUUCCAUAUUUGUCUCGUAAUCCACCGCUUGUAUAAUUAGGUCAUAUCCUUGAUAAUUAAAGA